AUGGAGGGGAACGCGUCCACAGCCUCUCUCCCCACAGAACAGCUAUCAUUCCCAGACAACUUCACCUAUGGUAACGUCACCAGCACAAGCUACUUUCCCUACCCAGGGGAGUUUCGCCAUCUCUCUGAUGGAGAGAAAGCUGGAAAGAUCAUCGCCUACAUGGUUAUUUUUACCAUGGCCAUAGUGGGGAACUGCCUCGUCAUCUACACCGUGGCCGUGAACAAGAAGAUGCGGACCACCACCAACUUCUACCUGACCAACCUCGCCGUGGCUGAUAUCCUGAUUGCCGUGUGCUGCAUGUGGGUGGCGCUCAUCAAAGACCUGACGGACCCGGUCUGGAUAUUUGGAGACUUCAUGUGCCGCUUCAAUACCUUCAUGCAGGGCGUGUCCAUCACCAGCAGUAUCAUCAUGCUGACUGUGAUCGCCAUCGACCGUUUCUACGCCAUCAUCUUCCCGCUGAAGGCCCGAAUCACGGAGACCAACACCGCUGCUGUCAUCUCCACGGUGUGGCUCAUCUCCUGCGCCGUCAACGUGCCGCUGCUCGUCGUGUCCGAGCAGAAGCAGUGGGAGUGGGACGAUGGUGUGCUGGAGGUCUGGUGUGCAGAGAAGUGGGAUCAGCACCAGAAGGCCAUCUACACCUCGGUGUUGUUUGUUGUUCUGUACGCCAUCCCACUGGUGGUGAUGAUGGUGGCCUACUUCCUGCUGGCCCGCAAGCUGUGGCGCACCACUUCGCCAGGCAUCGCCGCCCUCUCCAUCCAACAGCUGCAACUCAAGGCUAAGAAGAAGGUUAUCAAAAUGUUGGUUGUUGUGAUGACGGUGUUCUUCGUGUGCUGGACCCCUUACCAUGUCCUCCAGAUCUGGCUGCAGUUUGGAAUUCUACCCAAGGAGAGCCCGCCAUACUUCAAGCAGCUGCGGUUCGUGGUGCUCCUGCUCGGCUACUCCAACUCCGCCAUGAAUCCCAUCAUCUACGCAGGCGUCAAUGAAAACUUCCGGAAAAGCUUCCGGGAUGCCUACAAGUGCAAGCACUGCCGCCGAAAUCAGGUGCAGCCGGAUGGGCCUGCGGUGUGGCUGGAGCAUCCUCACGACAACAUCGAAACGCACAGCACCCAGGCACCGCAGGAGCUCCGCAUCCAGGGGCACAAUACGGCCCGGGCCUGAGGCAUAUGCAGUUUGGAAGAAAUAUUGCACAUAGAAGUUUAAGUGCAUUUGGUGCCGGGGGUGCACAUAGGCAUUUCAUUUUUUUCAUUUUUCAGUUGUUUCUUAGAUCUUGCUAUGAUACCAAA